GACAUCAGUUGUGGAUGCAUUUGGAGGGUCAGUUGUGGAUGCAUUUGCAGGGUCAGUUGUGGAUGCAUUUGCAGGAUCAGUUGUCGAUGCAUUUGGAGGAUCAGUUGGUUGAUGCAAUUGGAGGAUCAGUUGUCGAUGCAUUUGGAGGAUCAGUUGUCGAUGCACUUGGAAGAUCAGUUAUCGAUGCAUUUGGAGGGUCAGUUGUCGAGGCAUUUGGAAGAUCAGUUGUCGAUGCAUUUGGAGGAUCAGUUGCCGAUGCAUUUGGAGGAUCAGUUGUCGAUGCAGUGGUGUUGCCAUGCUGA